GGCACCAGCCUAAUCUUGCUCUUCAUCUUCUUUCUCGUAUGUCCAUUCCGUGGGCUUCCUCCGCUCUUCUUCCCAAACGCGCUGCGUCUCCCACACUCCUUCCUCUCUUUGUUUCCCCCUUCCGAAACCCUAACCUCUCAUGCUUCCUUCGCUUCUCUUCUUCCACUCCACACAAUGCUCCCGAACAGCACGCCCAUGGUGAUGAUGAUGUCCCGAAGCAGGGUACUUUAAAAUCUGGUUUAUAUCUUGUUGCAACACCAAUUGGCAAUCUAGAAGACAUCACACUGCGUGCUCUGCGUGUUUUGAAAUCUGCCGAUGUGAUCCUUUCAGAAGACACGAGACAUUCUGGGAAGUUACUUCAGUACUAUAACAUUAAAACGCCUCUGGUUAGUUACCACAAAUUCAAUGAAUCUCAGCGUGAAAUGAUGAUACUACAAAAGCUACAACAAGGCCAGCUUGUUGCAUUGAUUAGUGAUGCAGGCACUCCAGGAAUUAGUGAUCCAGGAAUGGAACUGGCAAGGCUAUGUGCCACUAACAACAUACCUGUUGUUCCCAUUCCUGGGCCAUCUGCUGUGGUUGCUGCUCUAUCUGCAUCCGGAUUAUCUACGAGUGAAUUUACCUUUGUUGGCUUUCUUUCUAAACAUGCUGGAUCAAGAAGAGAAAGACUUGAAAUUUCUUCAAAUGAAAGUGCAACACAGAUAUUUUUUGUUCCCCCACAUAAGCUUUGCCAGUUCCUUGAGGAGGCAUCAUCAAUAUUUGGAGAACCAAGAUGCUGCGUUAUUGCACGUGAGAUGACAAAAAUUCAUGAGGAG